CUCGCCUCGCCUCUAAAAAGGAAGGAGGGACAGAGCGAGCAGCACUCCGUCCGUUGCGUCCGUUCCCAUCUGCACGUCGUCGCCGACGACGACCCUGCCAUUGCCGGCCGAGCGAGCGGGCGGACGGGGGGCGAGGUGGGCAUGGAGGGCGACGAGGCGGCGAGGCGGGGGAGGGAGGCGCUGAGCGGGGGCCACCUCUGCCACGUCUGCGGGCACCAGUACCCCAACCCCAACCCCAGCGCCAAGCUCCGCCGCUCCCACCGCAGGAACUGCCGCAAGGUCACCCCCGCCGCCGAGGAGGAGGGCGCCGGCCCGCGCAAUGCGGCCGACGGCCGCCUCGUGCUUGGUGCCGCGGGAGGACCAGGAGACGGGGAGGAGCCCGGCAAUGGCGCGGCGAGCGGAGGCUCUUCGUCGCCCGGAUCUGCCAACGGAGGCGUCGAUUCGGCGGAGGACAAGCAGAACGCAGAACAUGCUUCUCUCAAUGCUGCUAGAAUUCAAGCCAUCACCAGUAACUACAUUGAAACUGGCCUGAUUCCCAAUAAUUCUUCUGAAACUGCAGAUGAAGGCAAUGGAACCCAUUCAGAAAGGCCUAGCACCAAUGGAAUUCAACAUAAAGUGCCUGAAAGUUUCACUGAAAUUGGACAGCUUGCAGUUGCACACCCAACUGAACGAGAAGAUUGUCUUGAGGAAUACCAGGAUGCAUCUUCUUUUCUUCAUCAAUCAGAUCCGGAAGAUGGUGCAGCAAUAGCACGUGAGUCAGAUGUUCCUAUGGAAAUCAAGAAUCUGGAUAAAGGCUCAGCGGGUUCAAGUGUGGCUGCAGAUGUAAUCUCUCUUGAAAGAUAUGACACAUGCAAAUAUCAGUUUUCAAGGGAAUCAAGCAUGACUGAUUUGCCUGCUGGAUCUGAAGUUGAAAACGAAGCUGAAUAUCAUGCGGGGAAUAUAACAUUUGGAUUGGUUGGGCAUGAAGAUGAUUUAAACCUCCAGAGUACAGAUGACUGCUCAGCAGACAUUGACAGCAACAAUACAGAUGUCGUGGUUGACAGCAAAUCUGAUAGAACAUCUGGCAGUUGCGAGUUUAUUGGUGAUUUGAAUCCCUCGUCUCUGCAGAAGUGCUCUCUGCUUAAGUCUGACCCAGAAUCCCAAUCUGCAUGUUCCAGGAAGGUGGGCAGCUUCUUGGAAGAUGGUAUGGAGGUUCUGGAUACCAUGUCUGAAGUAUCACCAAGAGAAGAAAUAGUAGAAUCAUAUCCUAUUGGAUCUGAAACAAUAUCUAAUUCUGAAGAUGAGUUGAAGCUAAUUCAUACUGAAAGUACGUCAACUGAUUAUUCCACAGAGCGGUCUUCACAGAACUUGUCUGCUCAAGAUACUUCAGGUGUUCAGCUGCCAGUUGAUAACUCUUACCUGGUAAAUUCAGUAUGCUCUGUACCUGGUUAUCAGAAUGAUCUGGCUGUUACUAAUGUCAAUGGCAUGCUCAAGUCCAUUGCUGAAGACAACUGCAGUAAAGACAUUUUAGUAAAGGACAGUGCGGUUGAUUUUUCAUGCGAGGCGAGGCCUGAACAACAAGAGGACAUCUGCAACAGGGAAAGUGCCACUGAGGUUCCUACAAAUUAUCAAGUGUCUACAAGUCAGGAGCAUGUCACAUUGCUAAUGGAUCAGGUGUCUUCUACCAAGAAUCCAUUCAGUAUAGAUGACACCAGGAGUGAUGACUUAUUUGAGCUUGCUUCUGGUUACCAUUUGGAGGCACCAAAUGUUUUUGAAUCAGAGCAGGAAGUUGACUCUAUAUCUCAGACAGUUUCCAACCAAACCAGCGUUGCUGACGGGAAACACUGUCCGAUCUCAGAUGAUCGCAUGGUAGCUGUGUCAAGUAAAAAUGGAUAUGCAGUUGAAGCAGGAGAUGCGUCGGUCAGUAGCGGUUCAGAUCCUGCGAAGAACAUUUUCUUGCAUGAUGCCUCGGUCAACCAUGACAAGGAAGGUGAAUCACAUACAAAUGACACCAUCGAUGUACCAUCUCAAGUAUUUCCAACAGAAUUUGGCACAAUGCCCGUUUCUCAGGAGAUCAAUGCACUCAGCACAUCUGUUGAAGAAAAGACUGUCAUGGAAGACACCAAAGCAAAAGAUAAGACUGCGGUAGAGAGUAUAGAUGACUCAGAAGAAAAGAAACAGACUCAAGAUGCUAGUGUGAAGGAGAUGACUGCAGUACUGCACACAGAUAAUGUUGAAGAGGAUAAACUGGCUGAGGAUACCGGUUCAAAGGAAGUGACAGCAGUACAAAGCACAGAUAAUAUUCAUGAAAAGGAUCAGACUGAAGACGAUAGUGCAACGAAGAUGGACAGAGAAUUUAAUACAGCUGAUGUUGGCAACAGCCAGACUGAUGUUACCAGCAAAGAAGAGAAAACUGAUGAAGUGCAACAGACAGAUAAUGCUGAAGAAAAGAAGCAGGCUUCAGAAACUAGUGCAAAGGAGAUGAACGCCGUGCCAAGCAGCGAGCACGCUGAAGUGCAGAAGCAGGCUGAAGGAACAGUCAGUCUGGAGGGAAACAAGCAGAAUGGAGAGAUCGCCGCCAUCGGCUCGAGGCUGAAUUCAUCAAGGAUCAGCGUCCCCUUGAAGGUCCUCCUUGCCGAGGCGAGUCUGGAGGGCAAAGAGAAGAAACCCAGCACCAAGGAGAGGGUCCUGUCGUUCACGCGGCGAGGAGCGUCGAAGGACGACGCCUCAUCGGCGAAGCCAGGGUCAGCCGGUUCGGACGACCAGUACUGGAACUCCCCCGCGAAGAUGCCCCACGACAGCAACAACGUCGACAAGAGGUCCAAAGUGAGGAAGCAGCCGUGGAUGCCCUUCAUCUGCUGCCACUCCGUGCACUGAUGCCGCCAUUCAUUCUCCGUCAGCUACGAUCUUCUUUCUAUAUACCGCCAUGCGCAUCUUGUUUGAAUCCGUGGCACCCUUCUUAGUAUAUUUGCGUGAGGACCGGAUAAGCUUAUGCCUUGCAAACAUAUGCCGCCUGAACUACUGUCGUGUUCGUGUAGAUAAUCACUCAAGUUAAGAUGGUGCUGAAAUGCUUUGGAUCAGUGCGAUUUUGAUGUAUCGCCACCUGAUUUCGUAGUA